AUGAACACGAAGAUGUUUGUCCAAGUACCCUUGGAGAAACUGAGACGAACCCAACCACUUAACCUACUGGAGCUGACCAGUAUUGAUCGUUACCUCAGCGGAGAACAGAAAAAGCGAAUAGCGAAAUUCUUCCGGGAGGAAGCAGCCAAGCGAACAAAAUACUCCUUAGAACCUACCUGGAUCAUACCAGAAUCAGUAAUAGCUAUCAAGAGUAAGAUUAGGACGGAGGUGAAACCAGUUGACCCAGAGGAAGAGGUACAGAUAAACUCCCCAGCCAGCACCAUUGUGACCGACAGCGACGAGAUCGAACCAGAAGAUACCCUCGAGAUCGCUACGUCCCCUCUGACCAGAAGCAGCAAUGAAAGCGAGAGUGACAGUGACCUCGAAAGCCAUAGCCCGGGAAGUGCCAGUCCAGAAGUUGAUCGGGUAAAGGAAACUGUACAGACACUCUGGGACAGGGAUCAGGGAACAUACAGCCAACUCAAAGAUACAAUCUUCACUGCCAAGAAGUAUAUGAAGGAAUUUGAGGGGAUGUCGAAAACACAGCUAAAGAAGCAACUAUAUAAGGAGAGGACCAGGCAGAUCAAAGCCCUAAAGCAGAAAUACCGUUAA